AUGUCGUCGGCUGCAAGCCCGGUGGCGGUCGCGGAGUACAUCGCCGAGAUCGAGAAGGCGCGGCGGGACCUCCGCGCGCUCAUCGCCAGCAAGAGCUGCGCACCCAUCAUGCUCCGCCUCGCAUGGCACGAUGCCGGCACCUACGACAAGGCCACCAACACCGGAGGCCCCAACGGCUCCAUCAGGCUCCCGGAGGAGCUCCGCCACGCGGCCAAUGCAGGGCUCAAUAUCGCCGUCGACCUUCUAGAACCAAUCAAGCAGAAGCACCCCAAGAUCACGUACGCCGACCUGUACCAGCUCGCCGGAGUUGUUGCCGUUGAGGUCACCGGUGGACCAACCAUAGAUUUCAUUCCUGGCAGGAAGGAUUCUUCAGUUUGCCCUGAGGAAGGACGCCUGCCAGAUGCUAAGCAAGGUGCUUCACACCUGAGGGAUGUGUUCUACCGGAUGGGAUUGACUGACAAGGACAUAGUAGCACUCUCGGGUGGUCAUACUCUGGGGAAAGCCCGGCGGGACAGGUCGGGAUUCGAAGGUGCUUGGACAAAGGAACCUCUCAAGUUUGACAACUCCUAUUUUAUUGAGCUUCUGAAAGGGGACUCCGAUGGCCUCCUGAAGCUGCCAACAGACAAGGUUCUAGUGGACCAUCCAGCUUUCCGUCCAUACGUCGAGAAAUAUGCAAAGGAUGAGGAGGCGUUCUUCAGGGACUACGCGGAGUCACACAAGAAGCUCUCCGAGCUCGGGUUCACGCCUUCCCGCGCUAACCUAUUGGCGUGGAAGUCCAGAGACAAGGCGAAGAGGGUGGUGACGACAACUACGGCUGUCUUCGCAGUUGCUGUUGCUGUCAUCGCCUGCGCUUACAUCUGCGAAACCAAGAAGAAGCUUGGUUAAUUUCCAUCUUCACAUUAUUGCAUAGUGAACAAACUUAAUGGAACGUUCAGGAUGUGGUGGAGUCGUACAUGAGAACUGAGACUCGUCCGGAAUUACUGUGUCAGUAAAUGCGUAUGUUGUGAAGUUGUACAGAGAACGAAAUAAGGAACUUAUGGUACUUGUCGAAUGUGAAGUUUCUAC